AUGGACGUUUCCACAGUAGCUGGGAGGGUCGAAAGCUUUUUCCGCUCUUUGUUACAAAUCUUUUUUUUUUCCCCUUCCUUCUUCCAACUUUCCAGUUAAAGACUAUUGCCAGGGCAUUCCUGGAUUAAUCCAGGCUGCGCUUCAGAGAAGAGAACAAGAGACAGGUGUAACUGGGUGGGAGAAAGCCCACGAUGCUAGUGAAGCUUCUGCUCAUCUAUAAUACAAUAGCAUUGGCAAAGGUGGUCAAACACUCCGACCAGCAGGGAUAUCGUGAUGGUUCAGUGCACGAGCCACGGAUUUAUGAGAGCUCUGCAUACUUCCAGAGGAGUCCUCUGUCACACAAGGAAGAAGGUUAUUGGGAAGCAGAAGGGCUUAGGGAGGAUGCUGGAGAUUACCCUUCAAGUACGAUCUCACAUCAGGAAGAAGGAGAGGAUUUUGAAGCUGCCAGCCUGCAGUCCCGAAAUGGGAACUGGUGUUCCUUCAUGCAGUCCCGGCUGGUAACGUACAUAGAAGCCUGCAUGAAGGAGAAGUACAUUGUCAACUCCCAACAGCCCUGUGUAAAUGGAGGACUGGAAUGCCAGAAGAUCAUGUACAGGACAGCUCUGAAGCCAAUCUAUCAAGUGAAACAGAAGGUUUUGAAGUCUUUGCAGUGGAAAUGCUGCCCUGGAUUUAUUGGCAAGGACUGUGAACAGCGUGAUCCCAAUUUUAUUCUGGUGCCAGAAAAUCAAAUUGAAGGACGGGAAGAAGAGGAGCUCUCAAACCGCAUGUCAACAUCUGUGGAUUCAAGAGAAAUGUUGGAAGUCAUUGGAAACCAUGAGGCAUUACUGGAUGAUCUUCAAAGUGAUAUUGAUCAAGCAGUCAGCAACUUAGGUGACUUACAGAGAAUAUUUGAGAACAACGGUACGAGCAUGGUGUUAGAAGUGAACCAGAGCAAUUCAGAUCUACAGGAAAGGCUCGUGCAGCAAGUUUUGUUUCCCCACAUGGAGAAUUUUCUACGGAAACAUUUUAACCCAAUGUGGGCAAGCUUCAACAGGAGUUUACAGAACCUCUCAAAUAUUGUAAGAAACCUGUCCCACGAUGUGGAAGCCAACAAGAAAAGCAUAGAAAGAUUCCAACAGAGCACUGUGCCCAAGAAGGAAUUCCAGGAGCUGGGUACUAAGUUUGAAUCAAAAGUCCAAGAAAAUAUAAUGAAAGCUGACCACGUGAAGAGAGAGAUAGAGAAUCAACUGCAAACGCAGCAGGCGAGUUUUCACUACAAUCUCACCAUGAUCAAGACAGAUACUGACACAAAGCUCAAGAAGUUUCAUAAGCUACAACAGUCCCAUUUCUUAGCUUUGAACAACAGCAUAGCAAACGUGAAACAAGAGCAAAACAAUCUUGGGAAUAAAUUUGAGACAUUGAAAAAGAAUUUAACAGAACUCUCCUUGCAUCACCGUCCCAAAGAUGAAAACAGCCAGUUAGCCAUCAGACAAAUAAACGACAUUCUGGCAGGGCACACGAAACAGCUUAAAGAACUUUACAUAGAAUCAGAUGUAGCCUUUCAGAAUAUUGCAGUUCUGGAGAGAUGGCUUAAGGAGUUAAAAAAAAAUAUCUCAAAGUAUAGGCCAGAAGAUCCUACAAUAACUUUAAUGGAGAAAACAGUUAUGGAAGAAAACAAAGCAGCAAUGAAAAGGCAGAUAUCAGAGCUCAACUACACUCUCUCAAAUCUUCAGGAAAACUAUUCAGAUCUGCUGAGGUACAUGGAAGAAUGUAAUUGCCAAAGAAUAUCUUCUGACACUGAUUUACUGGAGGAAGACCUAAAGAACUUCACUUCUUCCCUUGAGGGUGCUCAAACAAACUUAAAGGAUAUGAAGCACUUAGAGUCAGUUUUCAGAGAUCUCUUGAGGGAUGAAAUUGAAGAGCUCUCCUCAGCUUUUCCAUCUGUCCAUCAGUCCCUUAACCUCCGUCAAGAAGAAAACAGACGGCUUCAGUCACAAGUUACAGCUAUUUCAGAAGACAUAAGCUUCUUGAAGAAGAAAGAUGAAGAAAUUAAUCUACACAUCAUGUAUCUCAACAGUUCUUUCGGCUCUCUUUUGGGAGAUGCUAUGCGGCAUGAUGCAGCACUGGGGGCUCUGCUGGGAGAAGAAUUUAUGGAAGUGCUGUUUGAAGAAGGUCCUAAUAUCCUAAUAACAUCAGUGUUUCAACUGCAAGAAUCUCUCAGACAUAUUUCAGAUAAACUCCAAGAACAAAAUGUGACUUUAGAAUCUCUUAGAGAGAGAUUUCACCUCUUGGAGAGAGGUCAACCGAAUAAUCAUCAUGCUCACAGAUCUCCUAAGCAUCCCAAAGAAGAAAUGCCAACAUCCUCUACUGUUGAUGAAGUUAGCAGUCAACGUGGCCCCAUAGAACACAUGGAACCUAACUAUGAAGCUGCUAAAGAUGACUCCUUGGAGAACUCAGCUUAUAACGAUAUCAUGACUCUGAAGAAUGAUAUCAAACACCUGAGCAUGGCAAUCAAGAAGCACGAAUCCAGAAGUGAUGUGAACCUCUGCUGCAAUCAUACAAUAGCAAAUGUAAUGGAGCAGUUGAACAUCUCUGUGGAAAUCCUCUCAGCAGACUUAGCCACCAUCAAGCAGAAGCUGGAGGAACACAUGAUGGUUUUUAAAAAGCUAUUUGCAAGCCAUGAAGAAUUAGUUGCCUCAAAUGUAAGUCUAGAUGUUACAAAGAUUCAGUCGAUGCUGACCAGGAAAGUGAGAAGGCCACAGAAAGGUCAAGACAAGCAAAGAGAGAAGAAAAAGCCUGAGAAGCACAGAGAAAACAUACAGGCGACAGGCGGAAGAAACACAGUGCAGGCAGAACUUCUGGAAGAAGAAUCACUGGUGGCAUUUCACGUGGGAUUAUCAGAAGGAAACGAUAAAGCAAAAACUCUGAGGUUUAAUGAAACUUACCUCAACUAUGGAAACGGCUAUUUCCCUGAACACGGCUACUUCAAAGCGCCGCAUAAAGGUGUUUACCUGUUUGUCAUCUCUGUGGAAUUUAGCUCAGGACCAGCAUUAGGACAACUCUCCUUUAGCCGUGGGUACAAAAAAACUCUCUCAAGCAGUCAGAGGAAAACACCAAACGGACACACCACGACUACUUUUGCUAUGGCAGAAAUGGAGAAGGGGGAGAAAGUAUGCUUUGAAUUGCUGCAGGGCUCUGUAGCAAAACGGAGUCCACCUGGGACAACUAUGGCUGGAUUCCUAAUAUUCAAAACUUGAAUUGUGACAUUUUGUUUUACUGGUAUCUUUCCAUAGAUGCAAUGGAUCAAUUCCCUAUUGCCUCAUCUGUGAUGUAUUCAAUCCUACUGCAUGUGUUUAAACAUAGCACAACCCUAGAAUUGUCUUCAUGCUUCUUUUCUGGAAGUGUUUGGCUUUUGAUAAGUUGCUUAUGAGUAGCAAUGGGAUUUUCUUUCAACUGAUAAGCUCACUGUUUGGACUCCAAAUGUAUCAGCACACACACAUAUCCAAAUCCUUCCACUGUGAGAACUGCACCUAAUUAGAAAAAAAUGUUUUGUGGGACUUUCUUCACUUAGAACACAAAUGAUUUCUACUUUAUCCUGGCAAAACAACAUUCUCCCAUGGCAAAUACACCCACCACUGGCAAGGAAAAAGAUUUUAGGAAGGACUGAAUAUAUCAACUCUCCUAUUUUGUUAAUAGAAUCUUAAAAUGAAGAAGCCAGGACAAUUUUACUUCUCAGUUUUCUGUAGAGCACAGGCAGUCACAGACUGUCUUGGAAACCCCUGCAGCUCGCUCCAAUAUCUCAGUCUGUGCACAACGUGAACCCUAGAAGAGACUGAUCAAAGCCUGUAGGAUGCACCCUCUGCCAGUAUUUGUAAGCAAAGAUCUUCAAUCUUUUUGCUUCUGGGCCUGUGUUGUAUUCCAAUGACGCUGCAAUAAUUUAAUAGUAAUAUAACAUUGUUAAAAUUAAUUACAUCUACACUGAGACAUUAGGAAAAUGCCAAUGUUACUCAAAAAAUAUAGCUGAAAAUGCAGUUAUUUCUAAAGAUAAUCCUGAAGAAUUUUGUGAAUUCAGCCCAGAGUUCAGCAUUUAGUAAAUAAGUUUAAAAACAAGCAAGAAAGCAAGCAAAUAAAACAAACAGCAAAAAUGCAAGCUCCUUGAUCUGCUGUCAUUUUUGGAUAUAAAAUGCUUUAUAGAGUAAUGUAUAAAAUGUUUUAUAGAGUAAACCAUAGAGUAGAAUUUCUACCCUGUGGAUUUUCUUUUGCAUUUCCAGAAGCUCAGGAUGACCACAUCUGGUCAUGUCUUAAAACUUUUCUUCUGUACAAGAAAAUAUCCCAAAGGCUUUCAGGUUUAAAGAAUUUCAAUUAUUCUGAGUUUUUUCCUUGUGUAAUGUAAUGCCUUACAAAACAACGAAAUUUGCCAAAAUCAAAUGCAUUUAGAAACUCACAGUAUUUUUUAUGAAAGAGGUAAAUUCUUACUACGUGUUUUAUGCCCUUUCAAGGAGGCAUUUUCUAACAGAAAUCUAUCCUUCUCUUAAGGGGUUUUCUCCCCACCUACCUGUAUUCCAAAUAACACUAUACUACAAAACUAUUAAAACACACAUUGUUAUCAAAACACAUUUCACACACAUUGCGCCUGAGCCCACAGUUUGACAAGCACACGAUAUCUAUCUUUCGCAAUAAAAGUACAAAGCAGUUCCAGCUACUGACUUGCUGAGAAGAUUGUUAUUUUGCAUCCUGAAAAAUACAACGAAGCAAACAACUGAAAAUUAUCUCCCAUUGGCAAUUAAUGGGCCAAGUCUCCCCAUGUAUGUAGCCUGAAGCCACACCCUGCUCUGCUCCACAGCAGGCAGCACGAAGUGUCACCUUCAGUCCCACAGAUCGCUCCAACAACUGAGAGAAGAAAAAUUUGAAGAGGUGAAAUGUCAAAAAGGAAGAAGAACAUGGGUUCUGUCAGUACAAAGCUACCACGCUGGGGUGACCCAGAUGUUUUUACCAGUAGCCCUCAGAUUACGGGCACCGUGGGUGGCAGCAUCGUGCAGGGCCAAGGUGAGCGCGCUGCUUCGGUCAGGGCGGCACAAGGAACAUCCCAACUUCAGUGCACACUAACUCUACAGCUAUCAGCUAAGUCCCAUAGUUAAAUACAGAGGGGAGACAAUCAUAUAUAUAUAUAUAUUAAAAAACACUGGUUAAAGCUUUGAUAAGAAUACAGCCGUGCUGUAUUCUUCGAAUAUAUUCGAAUCGCACCUCGAAUACUGUGUUCAGUUCUGGGCCCCUCACCACAAGAAGGAUGUUGAGGCUCUGGAGCGUGUCCAGAGAAGAGCAACAAAGCUGGUGAGGGGCUGGAGAACAAGUCUUAUGAGGAGCGGCUGAGAGAGCUGGGGUUGUUUAGCCUGGAGAAGAGGAGGCUGAGGGGAGACCUUAUUACUCUCUACAACUACCUGAAAGGAGGUUGUGGAGAGGAGGGAGCUGGCCUCUUCUCCCAAGUGACAGGGGACAGGACUAGAGGGAAUGGCCUGAAGCUCCGUCAGGGGAGGUUCAGGUUGGAUAUCAGAAAAAAAUUCUUCACAGUAAGAGUCAUUGGGUACUGGAACAGGCUGCCCAGGGAGGUGGUCGAGUCGCCUUCCCUGGAGGUGUUUAAGGAACGGGUGGAUGAAGUACUUAAGGACAUGGUUUAGGGAGUGUUAGGAACGGUUGGACUCGAUGAUCCAAUGGGUCCUUUCCAACCUUGUGAUUCUGUGAUUCUGUGCUGGGUGGUACACAGGAUAGCAGUUCACCAGUCAGGGCUUUUAAACGUUUGGCAUCCUCAUGCUUACCGGAAUUACUUUUGUUGAAGAAUAAGCCAGGCAAGUUCAGAGAUCAUUGACUGUAGAGUGAACACAAUGUUAAUAUAAACAUGUUUUCAUAUUUGUAUUCUUCACACACGUGCUCAAGUUAGCCACCUGCAUGUACAAAGAAGACAUACUUGACUGGAGCACUCUCAGUAUUAGACCACGAAGCAAAAAAACCAUGAAAGAUAAUGGGUUAAAGCAUUCUACUGCAUAAGCCAGGAAGCCUGACUUGCUUCUCAAGCGACAGGAGAAAAGAUGAUUAAGCUACUGGGUGGGAUGCUGGUUUUGCUUUAAAUGAAUACAUCAUCAGCAUCUAAACCACUUCCCAAAUACACGCACGCUAUUUAACUACUGGUAUAAAUCCCUUUAAACCCCCUCCCUCCAACAUUUGUUCUGUUGUUCACAGUUUUUGGAGGGUUGGUUUGUAGGUUUUUUCCUAAUACUAACAGAGCCACAUCACUAGGACCUGUAUUUUUAGGCAAAAGACUAGAGGAAACCAUUUUAAUGAAGAGACUGCAGACUCCAGGUUGGGACCUAAAGGAAAGAAAACUGCCACAAAAAUGGCAGGAGGCUCAGGAUGAUUAACUGACAGUUUAAAAAAAAAAUAGCUAUUGGUUGGCCCAGUGGAUUAAGAAUAGGGUAUUUUCAAACAUGACAAACAAACUGAACGUGACCACAGGCAUUAGGAAACGAGAGUCGUCUGUAAGAGCAGACGAGUUGCUUCAGUUUAUCCAUGGCAGACCACCUGCACUAGCGUGCCCGAAGGCAGUUUCGACCAAACACUGACAGGCACAGAAACACGUACGCUCACUCCAAGAAAUAGAUACGUAUAACACCAACCUGAGCCUCACACUUGCAGCAAAGCUUCCAACUUCUCUUAGUAAUUCUCCAAAACCCUGUAACUGCAAGAAAACAUUGUCCAUAGCUCAGGUUUCUGGAUUUCUAGAUCAAACCACUAAGUUCUAUAACAAGAUAAGAAAAAGCUGUGCGUCUUAAUGCUUUCUCAUUAUUUUGUUACUGAAGCUUUUACCGCUUCAUGAACGUCAGUAUCUUGUAGUGCUUUACAUUUUAAAAUUAGUCUCCUAAUGAUUUUUUCCGUUCCUUUACUAAGACGAUCUCCUUACUUUACUGAAAAUGCAAGUACCCAUUGUAUAUCAACAUUUUACUUACUACAGAUCCACCAGUGCCUGAAUUCUGCAGUCCAUUUCAUCUGAACCCAUGUCAGUUUUCCACAUCAAUCCAGCCUCUGAAGUCCAUGGUCACUCCUCAUGAACCAGACCCAUGAGGUGGGUCAGCCCAGAGGAGUGGUCCUCAUGGCUCAGAUCCACAGCUGUGUGAAAUGAUGUGGUAUUUUGGGGGGAGAUAAAGCUGCAGAAGGGAUUAAUGAAAUUAAUGAUACUUCUGCAAUUUAUUUAAAAGCUGGUGACUCAAUCCACCAACUACUCAGUGUGCCAUUUGGCUUGUGCACAAAACACACACGUGGGGUUUUCAGACAAGUCACUGUGGCUGUUUCAGUUCUUAAAUGCUGAUGCAAACUCACCAGUAACACGUUUCUGUAUAGAGGUCCAAAAUAAGUCAUACACAAAGGAUAACAGUUUGAUAUUUAUUCUUAGCAGGCAGUAGAACUUAUUCCCACUUAUCACUCCCCUGCCCCCAACGUUUUCAAAAGGCUCUUCCUCUCUUUAGGAUCUAGCACCGUCCUGUGGUCAUUUCAAGAAGCAACGUUAAGAGUAAUAAAAAUUAAGUCAUCAAAACAAAGACUGGUGAAGUUUCAGUUACCCAUAGGAUUUUCAUUCUGCCCCCCCGUAACAGUUACAUUAAAGCACCAGUAUUCAAUCCAACCACGUCACAGUAACCAGUGAAGAUACCCCGCAAACUACACAAUAGCCACAACCAGAAGUGAAAGUUCCCUUUGCCAAGACACUAAUAGUAUGGAUAUCAUGUCGCUGUGCAGAGUAAUUUCCUGCUAUUAUAGCUCAAGGAAAGAAGUGUAAAACUACACAUAGUCGAGCCUUUCCCAGCACUCUCCAGCACUCUAAUGCAAGAAUUUAAAGAAUUAAAGAAUGUGACUUUACAGGAACAAAGAAAUGUUAUAAUUAUCUUUAUAAUAUGCUGGUAACAGUUUAUACGAUGCUAAGAAUCAAAACUUUCUAGCUACGGUAAAAAACUCUCUUUAAAUCCAAGAUUAUUCCUGAUCAAAGACAAGAAGAGGAUAGAAAUUGAUCUGACUUCUUCCUGCUCGUGAACUUAAAGUGAACUCUACGGAAAGUAACAGCUGAUGAUGCAUUUCUGCCAGGAGAAAAUAAAUUCUGAGAUGUUACGGACUUGUGUACUCACAGAUGAGACAUCCCCUCAAUCAGUCUUCGUUUGCUUGGAUCGCAAAACCAGAGCAAACUGAGCAGACUAUACAGAAGCACCUGUAUCAUUUUGUAACCAACAACACAUAAGUACAUUAGCUCAGAUCUCUUCAUCUGGAUAUGACUACACGAAAAGGAUGUUGAAUACAGAUGGAAUAAAACCCAAUUAAACAAUCCCCCCAUCCCUUUUUCCCCCCCUCUCUUUACUUGAAGAACUUGAAGCAAACUUAAAUGGAUAAAACCAACACAUAGUGAACUUGCCUUUGUUCAAAUAAAGAAAUCAUUCCAUUUUGACUUGCUUUGGACUUUGCUAUAACACAGGGGUAAAAAUCAGGAGAAGCAAACAUUGUUUUUACUGCUGUGCCCAGAUUUAGUCCAAGGAAUACAGAGCUUAUAGAGCACCAACUAAUUCUGAACACCGCUGAGCAAUAAAAGUGAUCAUUAAUAACUUAUUCAAAGACUGUGGGAAAAAGAAAACCAUAAACGAGGUAUUAAAAAGUAGGGAAUUAUUUAGUUACAGUAUUGUGAUUUCCAAGUCAUUACAUUUUUAAGGCAAAAUCUUAUAGUAACAAAACACAUAACUAAUGUGUACUAAAAUAAGGUUAUUUACUUAAAAAUGAUACAUUGGACAUAAUCUGUGUACAGAACAAGCAAUUCAUGGUAAACUCAAUAAGGCACCUUCUAAAGCAGAUGCUGUACAAAAUACAAUAUUAGUGUGUUACAUUUUUAAGGAGUAUUCUACACUUCUGGCAUAUAACACACGCAAGAGUGCGACCAUUUGUCUUGUUCCACUCUUCUUUCAUAUUUUAUUUACAUCUUUCUCUAGGUUAACUACAAUGUUAUUUAUUCUUCUUGUAUACAAUAUAGUACAUUUCAUUUUGGGCAUGGCAUGGCAGAGCACAAACGUCACUACAUGAUGUGGGGUUCUAGAAUUGCAUUCAAAAAUAUUACAAAGCAACAAUUACAUGAGGUUUGUUCAAAAAUUAAUUAGAAGUCACGUGCACUCCACUUCUGCUCCACCAACCAAGGCUAAGACACCGUGGCUCAAUAAAGCACCGCAUCGUGCGACACUGCCAGCCGUUUUUAGGUAUCACCCCUAUUUGACACAAAGAUUGUGGGCACAGGAUAAAGACUUUUGACUUCAGAGGCACUGUCAGAAGGACGAGAAAGUGCUACACCAUUCACUGAAAAGCAAAGGUUUUAGACCAUUAAAUACAAUCUGUGAAGACAGAGUAGAUGAAAUGCAUCCUAAUGGUUUGUUUUAUAGACACAUUCAAAUGGUCAUUUAGAUCAAGCUCUAAAAUUUUGUUCUAGACUGCUGUGGAGAUAAUUUAAAAUAUUAAUUUUAUAUUUUAUUCAAUACCUCCAAAUACACCAAUUAAGAAAAUAAUUGGUGAAAAGAGAUGGAUAUUUGGAAAACUGUCAGUUCCUUCAGUAAAACUCAGGAACAAUUACGUAUGGAGUAAAACUCGGAAAAAAAAAAUGCAAGCCUACAUUCUUCUUUAGGAAUAUCACAUUUACAAGCUAACCAGGAAUACAGAAACUUUCCUUUCAGUUGCUGUAACAGUAAGAAUUCUUUAAAUGACUCAAAUAAUUUUCCACCUAACUGAAAUCACAGGCAGCAGGUUAAAUAAAUAUAAAAAGUCCCCUCCGCAUGUGAAUGUUUAAGACUUUCCAAAGCACAGUCUUGAUACUCCCCAAGAUAUUUUCCACACUUCCAAUUUUUGUAUUUUAAAAUAAAAGAAUU